GUAUAUUCCAGAAUCUCCUCGCUGGCUACUCUCUCAAGGAAGAAUUCAAGAAGCAGAAGAUAUCAUUCGUAAGGCUGCAAAAAAGAACCAUGUUGUAGCCCCAGAAGUAAUAUUUGAUCUUGAUGAGCUGCAAGAGUUGAAUUGCCAAGUUCAGCAGUCCUGCAGCAUUUUGGACCUAGUAAGAACCCAAAAUAUACGAACAAUCACAAUCAUGUGUGUGAUUCUAUGGAUGGUGAUUUCCAUAGGCUACUUUGGCCUCUCUCUGGAUACCCCUAACUUGCAUGGAGACAUCUACCUCAAUUGUUUCCUUUCAGCAGUAAUUGAAAUCCCAGCUUAUACUAUCUCUUGGCUGCUCCUUCAGUAUCUGCCGCGGCGGUAUUCAAUGGCAGGAGUCUUGUUCUUAGGAGGCUGUGUUCUUCUUUUCAUUCAGUUCGUGCCUGCACACCUCUAUGUUCUGACCAUCAUCUUCGUGAUGAUUGGAAAAUUUGGGAUCACAGCCUCCUUCUCAAUGGUUUAUGUAUACACUGCUGAGCUGUACCCAACUAUUGUGAGAAACAUGGGAGUUGGAGCCAGUUCAAUGGCCUCCAGAAUUGGCAGCAUUCUCUCGCCUUAUUUUGUUUAUCUUGGUGCUUAUGAUAGAUUUCUUCCCUACAGCUUAAUGGGAAGUUUAACAGUGCUUGCUGGAAUCCUGACCCUGUUUCUCCCGGAAAGUUAUGGCACUCCUCUCCCAGACACUAUUGAACAGAUGCUAAGAGUUAAAGGAAUUAAAAAUAUAAAACCACUGAAACAUCAAAAUAGAAUAGAGUAUACGGAAGAGAAUUCAGUUAAUCUAAAGACCACAACAUUGUGAUGAAGCUGCAUUGCUCACAGUAUUAUACCUUGAACAUUUCCUUUAAUUUGCUUCCAGAAAAGACUAACCACUUUUUUCCUAGGAUGGUAAAUAUAUUUAUUAAAAAUGCAUUCAUUUUGAGAAUGUAGAUACAAUCUAUCCCAGUAUGGGAUUUUUGCCAACGACUGUUCACGGAACAGUGUUGGAUAUGUAAUUUUGUUCACUUUUAGGACACGUUAACAACUAUCCUUUUUGUGAGAAUGCAUUUUUAAAAGAUGCUUCAAGGUGCAAGCUAUAUGUCUUAAUAUCAUUUUUUCCACGCAUAGUGGCAAAAAAUUAAAUAGGUAACAGAGUUUGGAUAUUGUCACUCCAAUGAGAUUCUGCACCUCUUGAGAGAAAAAAUAAGCUUGAAAUGAUAUAGAGAAACUGGCAAAGUACACCUUAAAAUAAUUAUGCAAAUAACUGAAUAUAAUAAAAGGAGAAAAAACUGAAGCUGAUUCUUUUUUACAAACACAUUUGACAUAGAAAUGGAAAAAUAAAUGUUCUAAUGCAAAACACUGGAAAUUAGUUUUGUUUUCAGAAUUAAUUUCUUUACUGCAGAUUUAAAUAAUAGUUAUAUACAGUUGUUUACUUCUGGGAAUAAUGUUUUGCCUUAUUUAGACAUGUUUAUUUUUAUCAAAAAUUGCAUUUUUUAACUUUUUCAUUUUACUGUUCAUUGAAAUUACUCUGAUACUAAAAGACUAUGGAAACAUAUGCUCAUCUGUAUUUCCAAUUUUUUUUAGUUUUGUCCUGUUUCUGCAUAAAAUAGAUGAUAUAGGUAUAUAAUAAAGAUAUUUUAUAACACAGAAUGUGUUAAUUUAAUGGGAAUGUCCCAAUCUGGGUUCUUCAAUUUACCUGAUUGUUGUCCUUGGAGUAAACAGAGAACUAUUUUAAAUGAGUAUCAUGGCAUUUAUAAACAAGGUUGUUGCUCAUACAGUUGGAACAAAUCUACACAAAAAUAUUAACCAUAGAUUACGGGAACUAUAAAUCACAUCUAUAUGCUUUUCUUUUAAAUCAGGACUCUGAUUUGCAUAUUAUAUUAAUAAAAGAAUUAAAUGAAUUUUAUGAUGCAUAGUGCAAUGAAUUUUACACAGAUUAAUAAAUCUGAUGUAAUAUCAAGCUGUACUUCUGCUGUGAUAAUUUGUUGGUUGCUUUAAAACUCUAUCAAAAGUGGCAAGUGAAAUAUAUAAGCAUCUUUCCUUCUGAUAGAUACAGAGGAUAUAAAUAUUUCAAAUAAAUGUAUGGAAGCAUUAAGGAUUGUCCGUACUCUAAUUGCUACACCCAAUUCCUUGAACUUGCUGUUUUCCUAGUAAAUAUGCAUAGCAUCUUACCAUGGCAAUAACUAUUGCGUUAAUUUUAAAGGAAUCUCCUAGAUGAUGUUGUAGCACCAUGCAGAGCAUGCUUGCUCAGCAAUACGUGAUAGGUGUUCAGCAUUAUUAUUCUAAAAGCCUUUCCUACCUUAGUUUUCCUCAGAGACUAUUGGAUUUCAUCUCUUCAGAAAUGUAUCCUGCAAUGUUUCUUUGAAAACCAGAUUGUCAGCCUUACAGCUUGGCAGACUAUUAACUGGAAUCAAUAGAGUUUAUAAAGAAAAUAAUAGCAUACUCUUUUUAAAAGAUAGCAGAAUAUAAACAAACCUCUUGACAGAUUCAUGUGCCUAAAAAUAUUCCCAGGUCUGUGGCCUUUGUAUGUGAAAUUGCAUUUUAUCAGAUGUUUUUUCUUCAAAUCCUGAAUAGUAAUUUUGAAAUGGUUUAUUUAUAAAAUAUUUUAAUAUUGCAAUGUCACAUUGAUUCCAAAUAA